AUGGAUCAAUUAAUCCCAGUCAUCAACAAGUUACAAGAUGUUUUCAAUACAUUGGGAACUGAUCCUUUGGAUUUACCUCAGAUUGUUGUAGUUGGUAGUCAAUCGUCAGGAAAGUCAUCGGUACUCGAAAAUAUAGUAGGAAGAGACUUUCUUCCAAGAGGUUCAGGCAUUGUCACUAGAAGACCUUUGAUUCUUCAACUUACUCAUUUACCAAUUGCAGACGAUGAUGCACCAACACAAGAAUGGGGAGAAUUCUUACAUAAACCAAACGAUAUGUUUUAUGAAUUUUCAGAGAUUCGUGACGAGAUUAUAAAGGAUACCGAUCGGUUGACAGGCAAGAAUAAGGGUAUUUCAGCACAACCAAUCAACCUCAAGAUAUAUUCACCACAUGUUGUAAAUUUGACAUUGGUUGAUUUGCCAGGUAUCACCAAGGUCCCAGUAGGAGAUCAACCAUCGGAUAUUGAGUCACAAAUCCGUCGUAUGAUCAUGGCAUAUAUUAAGCGUCCCAAUGCCAUUAUUUUGGCCGUUACCCCCGCCAAUACCGAUCUUGCCAAUUCAGAUGCACUCCAAUUGGCCCGUGAGGUCGAUCCAGAGGGCAAACGUACCAUCGGUGUCAUCACCAAGCUCGACUUGAUGGAUAAGGGUACCGAUGCUAUGGACGUGUUGACCGGUCGUGUCAUCCCAUUGACUCUUGGUUUUGUCGGUGUCAUCAAUCGUAGUCAAGAGGAUAUCAUUUCGAAAAAGUCGAUUCGUGACUCGCUCAAGUCUGAGAUUCUCUACUUUAAGAACCACCCCAUAUACAAAAACAUUGCCAACCGCAGCGGUACUGCAUACCUCUCCAAGACGCUCAACAAGUUGCUCAUGUUCCACAUUCGUGACUGUUUGCCAGAGCUCAAGGUCAAGGUGUCCAAGAUGCUCAGCGAGGUGCAACAAGAGUUGACAAGCUACGGUGACCCACUCUACGACACCAAGAACAGCCAAGGUGCACUCUUGCUCCAGAUCAUCACCAUCUUUUCAACCAAUUUCAAGGAUGCUAUCGACGGUAAGCUAACCGACUUGUCAACCAACGAAUUGUGCGGUGGUGCCCGUAUCUCGUACAUCUUUAACGAAGUGUUUUCGCAGUGCAUCAACAGUAUCGAUCCAAUGGACGGUGUCAGUCUCAACGACAUUCGUACCACCAUGCGUAACGCCACCGGUCCUCGUGCCGCCAUCUUUAUCCCAGAAGUUUCGUUUGAGUUGCUUGUCAAGCGUCAAGUGUCACGUCUCGAAGACCCAUCCACACAAUGUGUCGAACUCGUCUAUGACGAGCUCCAACGUAUCAUUGCACAACUCGAAGCCAAGGAGUUGUCACGUUUUAUCAACCUCAAGUCACGUGUCAUCGAAGUUGUCAACAACUUGCUCCAAAAGCACAAGAUGCCCACCAAGUCAAUGAUUGAGAACCUUAUCAAGAUCGAACUUGCCUUUAUCAACACAUCACAUCCCGAUUUUGUCGGUGGUGACGGUAUUCUUGAGGCACUCGUCGAAAAGAAGGCACAACAAGAGAUGCACUUGCAAAUGUUGAACCACCAACAAAACACACAAAGCAACCAAAACGGACAAAACAACAAUCAAAACGUUGCCAAUCCACUUUGGGUACCAAAUGUAAAUCAAAAGGGUGGAUAUCCUCCACAACCCGCUCCACAAAACCAAGCCAAGCAACCAGCCGGCGGCCCACAACAACAACAACAGCAACAACAACAACAACAACCACAACAACAACAAUCAUCGUCCAAGCCUGUUCCAGGUGGUCGUCAACAACAACAAUCGUCACAGGAUCAACCACAAGGAUCCUUCUUUUCCAGUUUCUUUAGAGCUUCUCCAGACCCAACCUCGUCCAACUCCAACUCCAUGUCAUACUCUAAUCAAUCCAAUAAUCCAUCUCAAUCCAUUUUCAACUAUCAACAACAACAUUCAAAUAAUAGAUUAAAUGAAUAUCGUAGUGACAAAUUAUCUCAAGUACCAUCAACCAUCAAGGCUUCUGAAGAUUUAAAUUCAAGAGAAAAGUUUGAAACUGAAAUUAUUCGUGAAUUAUUAUUAUCAUAUUUCAAUAUUGUUAAAAAGAAUGUAAAGGAUACAGUACCAAAAUCGAUUAUGCAUUUCCUUGUUAAUCAAUCAAAGGAACAAAUUCAAAAUGAAUUGGUUGGUGCAUUGUACAGAGAGGAAUUAUUUGACGAGUUAUUAGAAGAGUCUCCUCAAAUCUCAUCAAAGAGAAAGUCUUGCAAGGCAAUGAUUGACGUUUUGAGAAAGGCCAAUGAAAUUAUUAAUGAAAUUAGAGAUUUUAGUUCUGUUUCAAAAUAA